CGGUUCCAUUCCAGUUUCUGUCACCUGCUUCGAUUAACGGCCAUGGAAAGCCACCUAUGAACGUCAAGAUACUGCUCUGUGCUCUUUUCGAUGUAGAGCAAAAAGAGUCUCAGAUGUUGGGGACUCGAGGGGUUCAAUCUGACGAGUCCUCUCCACGAGAUGGAGCAGCAAUACUUGAGGCACUGGAUGCUGCAAGCAGGGACAGGUGCUUAUCAAAAUCUCCCACCACCGGUGGUACGACUUGUUGGGAAGUGUCUGACGAAAGUGCUAGGAGAUAUUGUCGCCGACCAGUUGUUGCUCCCAGCAUAUCAUUUUCUUCAAACCCUCAUCGAGGAUAG